UUUGAUAAACAUAAUUUUCUCUAAUUGUAAUUAAAUUAAAAACAAUUCAUUGGAACCGCCAAUUUAAGGUUGCAUCAUUUACCUUCCAUCACUAUAGAAACCCUUUAAAACGAUCAUAUGUUUUUUUUGUUUUCUUUGCAGUUUUUUUUCUGUUGAUUUAACUGAUUCUUUUCUUUCUCUUCUCUUCUUUUUAUAAUUCAAUGGUUUUAUCUUCGCUUUGUGGUUGAUUUUGUUUGUUUUUUCCUUCAUUCUAUUGGAAAGUAACCUUGUAAAAGAAAAGUGUAUUUGGAUUGAAAAAAUGCCGAAAAAAAUGGGAACCAAUUCUAAGGCUGUUGAAGCUCGUGCUAGAAAAGAUGAAAAGAAACGAGCUGCACGAGAAGGUGCAAAGGAAAAGGAAGACGCUUAUUAAGACGAUGAUAAACAAUUAGCGAAGAAAAUUCAGAGAAAGGCCGAAGCCGAUAAGAAGAAAGAAGAAGCCGUCGCUAAAAAGGCUCAAAACACCUUGUACGAAGAGGAAAUGGCCUCGAUUAAAGGGCCAAGCGGUGGAGGCGGUGGAACAUCUAAAGUGACCAGAGCUGAAAUCGCCUUUAAAUUGGAAAAUCAAAAGGUUGAAAAGCCGAAACCAAAACUGAUCGAAACUCCAAUUGAAGAAAAUCUAAACCGAAUCAACGUGGAAGGCGAAGCUCGUUCUGUAGAUGAAGCAAUUGCUGUUCUAAGUAUCAAAGACGAAGAAUUAGAUCGACAUCCAGAGAGAAGGGUUAAAGCCGCUUACAAUAGUUUCGAGGAGAAAAUGUUAUCCAAAUAUAAGGAAAAUCCUAAUCUGCGAUUAUCUCAAAUCAAGCAAAUGGUAAAAAAAGAUUGGAUGAAAUCUCCUGAAAAUCCACUUAAUCAACCACACACAGCAUAUAAUUCAUCUGGUAGGAAUUAAUUGUCAACCAUUAAUCUGCCAUCACGAUUAUUUAAUCAGCAUGAUAGCCUCACAUUGAUGACACUUUGGUUACUAUGAAAACAAAUUUGCUGACAAUAUAAAUUGUUUACAAAACGAGAACAACAAAAUUGUAAAUUUUAUGAUCAAUUGAUUGAAUAAGUGAUGUGUCACCAACAAUUAACAAUUUACUGAAUUGUCCAUCAAUUUGACUGGAAAGAAACACAAAGUGAACAUUAAUUUGAAUUGUCAAAUCAACCGAUUGAAAACAACAAUCAUAAUAUUUGUAUUGAAGAAUUGAUAUUUUCCUAAUUCUCAAUGAUUUUCACAAUUUCAUUUUUUUCUUCUUGAUUGUCAAUUUAAAGUUUGUUGUUUUCUAAAUCAAAUUAUCACAACAACAAUACAACAUUGUACAAAAUGUGCUUUUUCUCAAUUGUAACUAUUAAUUGUAUUUUGAUUAAUGAUCGAUUGAACAAUCAAAGGGAGAAAUCAACUCACCCAAGAAAUAAUUUUCUCUCCAUGUUAUUAACAGAAAAUGUUAUCAUUUAGUUAAUUGUCAAUCUCUGGUUAAUGUUGAUCUCUUUUUAUUUUUGCUGAUCAACAGGUGAAUUAAUCAACAUGAUAAUCAAAGUGAAAGAUUUAUAUUGUGUAAAU